AUGGACGCAGACGAUGACGAGAUUUUAAUUGAUAGUAGCGCUGAAUUAGAAUUUGGGGAGCGUAUAAGUCCCAGCCAUCGGAAUCCGAGCACUCCUACACCACCUCACAAGAAACUGAACAUAACGGCGGAAUUGGAAUCCACAAUGAUCCUACGUGAUUUAGAACAAUUAGAAGCUGAGGAUGAAGAUUUAGAUAAGACUAAUAGUUUCGAUUUUUAUGCAGAAUUGGGCGAAUUUGAUAAACAUUUGAGUAAAUUGAGACAAUCAAAGAAUUACUUGAAGAGGAGAGAAUUACAGCGGGAGGCUGACAGAUUUCAAUCUGCUGAAUAUGAAUCAAAACAGCCUUCAAAUAGAUUCACAAAGUCGCGCAAACGUAAAGUUAGUAACGAUCAAGGCGAUAGAAGGUAUUCUUAUAUGAGAGGUCCUCCCACUCCACGCAGAUUAGCUGAUAAAAGCUGGAUUGAUGGUCUUAGUGGUCAUGAUGAUCAGAGUGCUCAUGAUGAUAAGGAUGAAAACAAGAAAAGCGAUGGAAAGGAUUUACAUGGUGAAAAUGAUGAACUAGACGACUUAUUGCAAGAUUAUACUUUUGACAAUCAUUUGAGACAUCUUCCAGAACAACCAACAAACAACCAACAUCACUCACCUCCCAGUCCAACUGAAAAUGACUCAAUCAUUAAUACAAAUGCUGACAUGUCAUCAAAAUCAGCAAAUGAACCAUUCCCUCAAAUUAAGCAAGAAUCGUCACUGCCUGACGUGAUUGAUAAGGAUUAUCAUCAGGCGCCUUCUUCACAGCAACCUCAACAAAACUCAUCGACGUUUCAAUUUUCACCAAAUUCAAAUCAGCUUCACUCAACGAGCGGAAAGAGCCACAAUUUUAACCUUGAUGUUGACCGUGGUAAUAAUCAUGAUAAGAGUCAUGAUACUAGUGACAACAUCAGCCACGAUAUCAGCCACAUUAACAACCAAGAUACCCGAGCAAAUCACUCUAAUCUCAAUGCAACCAUACUCCCUCACGUCGACAAUGUUCUAAGUCCCAACAACGAAGCCAUAGUGGAGAUAUACAGCGAAGAUCCAGCAGUAGCAGCCCAUGCGACUAAAGUUCUCCAGCUGCCCAACAGGAACAUAGAAACAGGCGAACAUCCUCAGCUCUUCUACGCGAAAAAGAUGCAAAAAGCGGAGAAUGAGAUAGAAAUGAGUAUGCCGCAUGUGUUUGGAGGAGGUGACAAGCAAAGUAUGCAUGAUCAGACACUUGAACAUGAGCAAAGUCAUGCGCACUCGCAGGCACAAUUACAAUUGCACACGGAUAAUCAUAGCCAUUCUCUAUCGCGGCAGUCGACGGAAAUAUUUUCACCCCAGCUAUCCACUCUUCCGCCCGCACCCGAUUUCACCAAACGUUUAAGCAGUGUAUGGGGACGCGAAAACUGGAAAGCGCUGGAGCGAACGUUCAACAGAUGCAAAAAGGAUGCAGUAAAUGAUGUGGAGACUGUAGUGAGUGAAUUUCUCGAUGAAUGGGGAGUGUCACGCAAGAGAGCAAUCGGAGAUUUGAAUCCUGAUAAGAUAUUCAACAGAGUGCGCGCACUCGAAAUAAAACAAGUCGACAGACAGCGGAGAAGAAUGACGCGACGUUCACAGUCACAGUCGCGGGGUACAUCCAGAGCUACAUUUUCGCCAAGCGAAUCUCUGAUGAAUGCAAACUAUAGUAUGCCACCUAAUUAUACACCUAUAUACCCAAAAAAUAUACUGCGAUCUCACUCAACACUCGCAACUCACUCAGCCCUCUCAAAUACACCAAUGACAACACUCACCGAGCAGCGCACACCGUCAUCUCUUCAGAAAAUCAUGCACUUCGGACUUAACCCACUCAAAGGGUUGUUUAGGGAGAAUAGAUUGGAAGCUGUUGAGGAAAAUGACCGUACCUUGAGUAGGAGUGCGAGUGGGAGUUUCAGUGACCAUUCGGCAAAUUCUAGCAUAUCGACUAACACUGGCGCAUCCAUCUGGCGCGAAGAUAAACAUAAGUCGAGGGGUAUACCACCAAGGCGAUUACAUGAUAAUGAGGCAAUGACGGGUGUCGUAAGGUCUAGAUCCACCUCUCUUUCAAGCUUCCAGCAUAACGUUCGAUCAAUGCAGGGUGGUGAAAAUAGACAGUUUGACAACACCACACACGAGAACAAACGCCGCCGUCAGUCACCUCGAAGACUUUCAAACACAAGUCAGCGAUCGUCGAGUUUGAGAAAUGAUGUGACAGAUACUUUGUUAAGCUAG